GAAGAAAAGCUUGGCCUGCUCGUUGUCCACCAUGGCUGAUGCACGGCACGGUGGCGGGGAGGAUUGGGGAGAGGGAGCCGGGGGAGGGAGGCCACCGGUUUGUCCAGUCAGAAUCCUGGAAACCGGCAUCUCACCUGCCACAGCAUCCCAAGUCGACGUCCCAUCCACCAGUCCCAGAAGAGGUAGGGGUCUCGCUCGCUAACGAGGUCGCUGUUCGUGAGGCUGAAGCGAUUAAUCUUAAGGCCCCAAACUGCUGGAGAGCGCGCUGGGCAUUUCCACAGUGACCCGGUGUGAUUUCCGCCGCUUCCAUCUGUUCAUCCCAUUCUGCUCAACUCAGCUCAUCAUCGCAUCUCUCUCAAUCUCAACAUGGCCGUUCUCAUGAGUUCUGCUGCCUGACGUUAGCCCGGCCCCCGACAGCCAUUGGAUCCCUCUCUUGUCUCUCUCCAUUCUCACCGGGGAAUCCUUAUUGUUGCAGGGAAGCGUGCUCGUGCUGGUCUUUCAUGGUUUUGUCGGGUGCUCCGUGGUGCUAGCACAGCCUCGCCCAUUGUGGGACACAACGCACCGUGGCUUGGAGACUCCCUUUCAACGACACGUCGAAUUGAUUUCUUUACCCGGCGACGGCCUCUUUUUCCCUCACCGGCAUUCUGACGCAUCCGUAAACCAGCGAUUGACCGCUCGCCGUCUCUGCAUCAUGCCGGUUUUUGCGGAGCGUUCGGUGCUCGCCGCCCGGUCGACAUCGCCGCUCUCUGCCGGCGCCAUUGCGGGGGCAGUGGUAGGAUCAGUGGUGGGAGUCCUCAUUAUCCUGCUCUGCAUCUUUCCCUUUGCAAGACGGCGAUGGAUCAACCGUCAUGAUGAAAACACCCUGGCAGAGAUGGGGCAGAGCCCCGGAGGCCCCAACUUCGCUCAUCCUGAUGACGAUUCUACCAAAAAGUAUUCAAAGGAUCACCUAGUUCCUGGCUCCGAUAGUCAAGCUGGCACCGCUCACGAACAACCCGCACACGGCAUACCAGAUAUCAACGGCCAGAAUACAUCACCAACAAAGACCAGCUUGGAUCAGCUUCCCUCUCAGCCAGCCCUCCCGCAAGGCGUUUCUCUUGACCAAGGUCUCCCGUCGCCCGUCUCGCCAUCUGCUUCGCCGUCACCCCGGCCCGAGUCCUUCCCCGGCCAGGCCCAAACUGGAGGCCAGGCAGUCUCUGCACCGGCAGCCGGUCUGAUCCGGUCACCCACGAGUGCCUCGUCAAAGUCACGUUCCGCUUCAAAAGGCACCACCGGCAAGGACAGCACACGCCAGUUGAACUUUGACUCUUCGUUCGCUUCGCCAAGUCGUCAGGGCACUUUUAGCAACAUCGUCGAGGAGCCCGAGUCUUUUGAGCCCCCUUCGCAACACUCCACUUUCCGAGAGAAACUCACUAGUAUCUUCCGGACUUCAUCUGGCGAGGGACGUCGGGACAGCAAGCGAUCGACCGGCACCCGCUCGUCUUCUGUUCUCACAGGCGAUAUUCUUGCCUACCAGGAGCCGAUAGCAGGACAACCCAUCGGCCAGCCUAUCAUCGAGGAGCACCAUCCCGACCCGAGUGGUCUCAACUGGGGCUAUUAUAACGAUCCGACUCUCCCACCAGGUAGUGACGCCCUUCCCCAAGGAACGGACCUUUCCCAGUUCAGCGAACCAGUUAUUUACACGGAACCAGGAACCUUUACUACCAUCCCCAACCCCGCAGACUUGGCCUUUGUGCCGCCAGCGACUUACGCUUCAGCCUCGGUCUUGCCUAGCCCAGUGUCGCCAAGUCAGCAUCCAUUCCCUGGACUUGGACUCGACAUCACUUCACCUGACGGUGACCGGACUGUCACGCCUAUCAACCCACUGCAUAGUUUCAGCCAGCGGAAUAAAGUUCCAGGGCCGCUCCAGCGUGUCGAUAGUCUGCCUCCACCCACCAUUGUGUCGGAUAUCCCGAGUCCCCCAUUCAGCUACACUGCCGGCCCCAGCGGCAACCCUAUGGACUUUAUGAACCCCACGAAUCAGGUCGAGAGCGCUUGGAUGGUCGAACAGGAGAUUCUCAAGGCCGAGAACUCGCCAUCACCCCCAGCCCCUUCACCGCCAACUGACACCUUCCCACCAACAAUGGCCCAGGAGCCUCAGCUGCAGUAUAUCGACCAGAACCACCAGGUCCAGUACAUCAACGGAGCUGGCCUGUCACCAGAACCAGAGUAUAACUUUGGCCAGCAAAGCCUUGGCCAGCAAAGCCUUGGCCAGCAGAACCUUGGCCAGCAGAACCUUGGCCAGCAGGACCUUGGCCAACAGAACCUCAACCUGAACCAGCAAAGCUUUGGUGAACAAAGCUAUCAGUCCCCACCAUAUCAGCCUUCAUACCAGCAGACGCCAGAGAUGGGAUUAGUGCAAGAUUUUGGCGUUCCAUUAGGUUACUACGACGGUAACGGCACCGUGAUUCAAGAUUACUCGACGCCACCACCGUCAGGUCCAUCACUUCCCUCGACCGUCCAAAAUACCCCUGACACACGCCUCACUGCGUACACGGCAUCCCCAUCACCGCCAUCCGAACUCGACCCCCACAAUGGAAUGUACCUCAACGUCUCUCCCAUCCCAUCACCAGGCCAGUCCCCACAUCCAUCAUCGACCCUUUCUCCAGGGCUCUCGGCCCCGUCACCAGCCACACCGGCGGGGUUAUCACCCGGGGGACAAGAGAAGGCCUUUGCCUGCAACAAGUGUGAUCGCAUCUUUGAUCAGAUCCACAAGCUCAAUCACCACAAACGCUACCACGACCGACCGCAUGAGUGCCCACACGCAGGCUGCACCAUGAGAUUCGGCACCAAGACCCAUCUAGACAGGCACAUCAACGACAAGCACUUCAAAACCCGCAAGUUUUACUGCACGGUCCACGACUGCCCUUACUCGAAGCAAGGGGGCAAGUCAUUCCCUCGCAAGGACAACUGGAGGAGACACAUGGUCAACAAGCACCAGCUUACACCAACAACGGAUCCCGAGCCGGAGUUUAUCGAUGAGAUGAUGGUUGGUGUAUAAUCAACGUGGAAGAAUAAGGGGGGAGGGGGUGGGGGGAUAUAUGGCGAGGAGUGCGGAACAUUCCUCGCAAAGGAAACGUUCGUUUAUACCCAACAUGGAGGAACAAAAUCCAGGAGAUACUGGUUUAAAAGCAGGCCAUCUAUGUUUUUUUCCGGAAGGGUGGAAUUUUUUUCGGGCGAUAUCAAGGGGGCAUUGAAAGCGUUUCAAGAUUUUCUCUCUCUCUCUCUCUCUCGCGGGAUAUGGAAGACAGGACAUAGCAUUUCUCUUGCUUUGUUUUUGUACAUGUAUUUUCGAUUUUCUUUUGGGAUCAGCGAAAAAGUCAUGGAAGGGCUCCUGGCUUGAUUUUGAUGUUUUUUUCCUUUUUUUUUUUUUUUUUUUUAGUUCGUAACCCUAGAUUUAAUAGGGGUAACGACUUUGAAAUGGAAACGCGCUAUACGGCGGCAUUACUUCCGCUUUUUGGCGGGUGUUGAUGA